CAGAGACACAUGAAGGACAGACCCCCUCCAUCCAUUCACAGCUUCUUCAGUUCCAUUGAGAAUUUAUUUUAUUUUUUAAAACACGUUCCUUUCAUUAUGUAACAACCACCAUCAGUGUCCUUGAUGGCUGUUCAGCAGAAAAAUGUAUAAUAUAUAACAUGGCACCAGGCCACCUAUGGACGGUAUUCAUAGGGAAGGAGGGUUGGGGAGCAGGGGACUGCGACCUACCGGUAGGAUGAUACAGUAGUUCUAUAUAAAGACUAAAGCAUUGAGAAGUUAAACGGGAAAUUCUGGCCCCGGUUCAAGUACUGAUGAGAACCACAUGACUGGCCGGUAACAAUGCGUUUUCAGGACUAGCCAGCUAUACAGAGAUGUGGUGGUGGUGAUCUCUGUAUCUGUAUGAGAGAGAGAGAGAGAGACACAGAGAGAGAGAGACACAGAGAGAGAGAGACACAGAGAGAGAGAGACACAGAGAGAGACACAGAGAGAGACACAGAGAGAGACACAGAGAGAGACACAGAGAGAGACACAGAGAGAGACACAGAGAGAGAGAGAGAGAGAGAGACACAGAGAGAGAGAGAGAGAGACACAGAGAGAGAGAGAGAGAGAGAGAGAGAGAGAGAGAGAGAGAGAGAGAGUGAUAGGUCUUUAUUCAAACCAAGCUCUCCAUGUUAGCAGCAGUAGCAGCAGAGGUUUAUUUUUCAUUCAGAGAGUUUCUGUCUGAUGCACAUCCACUGUGACUGGCGCUCCUGUUCCUGCACACUACUGCUACCUUUGUGGUUAGAGUAACUCUCGUUGGUUCGUGUUCUCCCUGGAGGAGGCUAUCUGACUGGAGUUAAACAACGAUACAACACCCGAAGUGACUACUGAGACCCACUAGUCUUCCUGAUGAGAGGCUUCCUGCUGCUGUGUCUGUUGGCACUGGGCCAUGCCAAGCCCUACCAGCCAAUUAACGUCUUGGACUUCAUGAGGGACCAUGAAAUCAUGAUGCAGGACGCCGAUGAUGACGAUGAUGAUGACGACAACGCCCUUACGGACUGCCCCUUCGGCUGCCAGUGUUCCCUACGGGUGGUGCAGUGCUCUGAUCUAGGGUUGCUCUCCGUGCCCGAGAACAUUCCCACCGACACGCUAAUGAUCGACCUCCAGAACAACGACAUCACCGAGGUCAAGGAGGACGACUUCAAAGGCAUUAACAAGAUCUACGCCCUGUUCCUUGUUAACAACAAGAUCUCGAAGAUCCAUCCCAAAGCUUUCCGUAACAUGGAUCGGCUACAGCUGUUGUACCUGUCCUACAACCAGUUGACACAGAUACCUGCCAACCUACCCCGGAACAUCCUGGAGCUGCGUAUCCACGACAACAAGAUCAGCAACAUCCAGAAGGAGUCCUUCAAAGGACUCAAGUCUGUGCAUGUUCUGGAGAUGAGUGCUAACCCGUUAGCUAACAACGGGAUAGAGCUGGGAGCAUUCGACGGCAUGGAAACCCUGUAUAUCAGGAUCGCGGAGGCCAAGCUCACAGCUGUACCUAAAGAUCUCCCAUCUUCACUCACAGAGCUUCACUUGGAUUAUAACAAGAUCAACAAAGUAGAAAUUGAGGACUUUUUCAGAUAUAAAAAAAUACAAAGAUUAGGACUGAGCUUCAACCAAAUCAAGGUCGUUGAGAACGGCAGCUUCGCCAGUAUACCCAACGUCCGUGAAAUCCACCUGGAUAACAACAAACUGAAGAAGGUUCCGCCCGGUCUCAACUCACUGCGGUAUCUACAGGUGGUGUACCUCCAUGCUAACAGCAUCAGCAGUGUGGGGGUGAAUGAGUUCUGCCCUGUCCGCUCCAGUGUUAAGAAGACCUUGUAUACGGGCAUCAGUCUGUUCUCUAACCCUGUUAAGUACUGGGACGUCCAGCCCGCCACUUUCCGCUGUGUGUCUGGACACAGAGGGGUUCAUCUGGGCAACAACCGGAGGAAGUAACACACACACACAGGGGUUCAUCUGGGCAACAACCGGAGGAAGUAACACACACACACACACAGGGGUUCAUCUGGGCAACAACCGGAGGAAGUAACACACACACACACACACACAGGGGGAUUCAGCUGGGCAACAACCGGAGGAAGUAACAUAUACACACACACACACACACAGGGGGAUUCAGCUGGGCAACAACCGGAGGAAGUAACAUAUACACACACACACACACACAGGGGGAUUCAGCUGGGCAACAACCCGAAGAAGUAACACACACACAGGGGGAUUCAGCUGGGCAACAACCCGAAGAAGUAACACACACACACACACACAGGGGGAUUCAGCUGGGCAACAACCCGAAGAAGUAACACACACAAUGGCAAGGUGAAGUUCUAACCAUAUGGUCAUAUCUAUCCUAUAUAGCUACAGAUCUACAAGUGCCUACCUGCCUAGGGAAUUGGGUGUCUGUCAGGAUCACAAGCCAUCCUAUAGCGCCUCCUUCUGGUAGACUUCAGUAAUACCCACCUCCUCAACACACAGGAUUAUUUGUUGUUGUUGUAAAGACCAACUCUUCGUUCCUCCUCAACGAGUCAACAAACGCAUCCACCCCUGUUAGUACUUCAGUGUUUUCGUCGAUAUCUUUGUUUCUUCUCUGUUUAGGAAUGAGUAUAAUCUGCUAGAUAUGUUGUCUUUGGAUUUCUUUCUGACACUGCAUGCCUCCCUUUUAUAAUCUGCUAGAUAUAGCCUAAAUAAAACUAGUUUUCAUGGUGCUAAUAAACGUAUAUAUAUUUACAGAAACUAGUCAACGUUAUAUGUCUAGAUGGUGAUAAACAUAAAAUGACAGAAAAUGCUAGUCAACUGUUACUACAUGUCUACAUGGUGCUACAUGUUUAUAAUUAAAGAAACUAGUCAACCUUUUACAUGUCUUCAUUUGAACAUGAUUAUCUAUUGUAGCAUUACAUGUAUGUAACUGUUCUAAUUACAUAAACUUGACAUCUAAAAUACA